GGCGCGGGCGUCGGGCUUCGGGCCGCAGCCGCCGGCGGCCGACAUGCGCCAGCUGCAGUGGGACGACGAGCUGGCGGAGGUGGCGCAGCGCUGGGCCGACCGCUGCCUCUCCUUCUACACGCACGGCCCGCACGACGCCUGCCGCGACCUGCCGCGCUUCCCGGUCGGCCAGAACAUCGUCAGCACCGCCUACUCCAAGCCGGCGGCGUCUGACGUGCGCGCGCGCACCCUGGACUGGUACGGCGAGCUGGCCUUCUUCGACCCGGCCGUGGUGCGGCGCUUCGCGCCCAACCCCGACCCGGACCCCGCCAAGCAGAUCGGCCACUACACGCAGAUGGUGUGGGGCUGGACCUACGCCAUCGGCUGCGCACGCGUCGUUUUUGAGGAGCAGUUCCCGGAGGAGGCGGCGCCGUGGGUGGUGGAGCGG